GGGGAGGGAAGAGAAUAGGGUCGUGUAGUUUACAGUCUCCUAGGUUCCUCUCAGGGAAAUAGAGUUUUAUAACAGGCUUUAUGGUAACAAUUAAGCAGUAAGAGGAGAUGCCGCGCGGGAAUAUGGAGUGUUGGUUUGGGCAAGUUGCAUCUGCAUCAUUAUCAGCUACACAGGACUUCUUCUUACUGCCUUCAUUUUGCCCCUGAUUGAGUUGGCUCAAAGAAAAUAGCUUGAAGGUACACUCACUCAUCCUGGAGCAAUAUCUGUAGAGAUUAUACAAGAAAGAGAUGGUCACCCACUCACCCCCUCCCCCUUAUUAAGAUAUAAUGGAACAAUGUUACAGAAGAUAUGAAUUGGAUCAUUGCAACUAAUACUAAAUAUUCCAGCAUGAUUCAAGAUGGUUCCAUACACAUAUAUUUUUGGGUCAUGUUUUACCCCUUUUGUAUCGGAUGGAAGGCAACUCUUCUGCUGGAUGAAGGGGGAUCUCCUGCUUUGUAUAUGAAUCACACAUCAGGCACCUGGGGCUUUAGUGAAAAAAGAAUGAAAGUGUAUUCAGUAGACCAGUGGAGCUUGUCACCAGAUGAUGUUCUGGAUGAAUUGCCUAUUGAUCCUAACAGAAACAAUUAUGUUAGAAGGGUGCACAAAUGUAUUUUUUCCUGUGUCUCCCCAACUCCAUUCACUUCAGAGGUCCGACUCAUAGCUGUGUCAGAGGAUGUGUUGGAGAACCUUCUAGAUCUUGCCGUUUCUGUCGGAGCGACAGACGAAUUUCUUCAGUUUGUAAGUGGGAGAGACUUUACUGGCUGGAGGCCACUUGCACACAGAUAUGGGGGUCAUCAGUUUGGUGUUUGGGCUGGCCAGCUGGGGGAUGGCAGAGCACAUUUAGUUGGCACCUACAUCAACAGGUUUGGAGAGCGAUGGGAACUGCAGUUAAAGGGCUCAGGAAGGACACCGUAUUCCAGAGAUGGGGAUGGAAGAGCCGUGCUCCGUUCUUCAGUACGAGAAUUUCUGUGCAGCGAGGCCAUGCAUCAUCUUGGCAUUCCCACCAGCAGGGCUGCGAGUCUUGUCGUAAGUGAUGAUGCAGUGUGGAGAGACCAGUUCUACAAUGGAAAUCUGAGAAAGGAAAGGGGAGCAAUGAUAUUACGUGUUGCCAAGUCAUGGUUUCGAAUUGGUUCGCUUGAAAUUUUGGCUCGUUCUGGAGAGUUUGAGUUACUGAGGAACUUGGCAGACUUCAUCAUCACAAACCAUUUCCCUUCAAUCAACAGCAAAGAUCCUAAUAGAACCCUGGCAUUUUUCUCUAUCGUGGUAUCUGAAACUGCCAGUCUCGUAGCCUUGUGGAUGUCAGUUGGAUUUGCACACGGUGUGUGCAAUACCGACAAUUUUAGUUUAUUAUCCAUCACAAUAGACUAUGGUCCAUUUGGUUUCAUGGAGAGCUAUGAUGCUGAUUAUGUUCCAAACACAUCUGAUGAUGAAGGACGGUACAGGAUUGGAAACCAAGCCAACGCUGCCAUGUUUAAUCUGAACAAAUUGCGUUUAGCACUAAAUCCCCUUUUGGAUGCCAGACAACAACAGCUAGCUACCCAAGUACUUGAAGGAUUUCCAGGUCUCUAUUACCAGAGAUUCACAGAGCUAUUCAGAUCUAAACUGGGCAUGCUGGGUGAAAAUGAUCUGGAUUUGACUUUGAUAUCAUCCUUCCUUGAUCUAAUGGCAAGUGCCAAGGCUGAUUUUACAAUGUCAUUUCGUCAGCUGAGUGAGAUCUCACUGGAUGAGCUACAGAGCCUUACCAUUCCUCAGGAAUAUUGGGCAUUGCAAGACAUCAGCCGACAAAAUAAUUUUCCAGCAUGGGUCGAUGCCUAUAUUCUGAGAUUAAAAAGGAAUCUUGAGGACACGGAUGCAAAAAGAAGGCGCAGGAUGAUGUUGAUAAACCCGAGAUACAUAUUAAGAAACUGGAUGGCGGAAUCAGCAGUGCGCAAGGCUGAAUCAAAUGACUUCUCGGAGGUUCAUCUUCUGCAGAAAACCCUAGGCCGACCGUUCCAUACACAGAAAAUGGCAGAAGAAGCGGGAUAUUCUCAGCGUACCCCAGCAUGGGCCAGACAUUUGAAAGUCAGCUGCUCCUCUUAGGGCACUUUAAAGGGCGAGCAACGCUCAUUGUUUAUGUACCACUUCUUUUUAUUACUCAUCUUUAUAUUCAGGCCUCUUAUUCAAAUCAGUGCAUUGUUGCUAGGAUAAUUUGGAUCCUAGCAACCAGAUUGCUGAAAUAGCAAUUUGGAAAGCUGUCGAAUAAAAAGCUAUAUAACUCAAAAACCACAAAUAAUAAAAAAUGAAAACCAAUUGCAAAUUGUCUCAGAAUAUCACUCUCUACAUCAUACUAAAAUGUAAUUUAAAGUUAAACAACCCCUUAAAUAUAAGUUAAUGAACUUUAUGUUAAAAUUGAAUGUAAACUGCCUAUUUAGGGCCAUUCAUUGGUACCGGGCUGCCUAAAUAAAAUACUGAAUCCCUUUGCCUUAAAUUAUAUUUAUGUAACUUUCCCUUAAAAUAACAAUUUUUUCCAAUUAAGUGGAGUGAUGUAAAAACCACCUAAAAUGACAUUGAUCAUCCUUAUACUGUAUAAGUGAAUAGAACAGAAAACACAUUGUAUUAGAUUUAAACUUAUUUAUUGAUAUAGUACAGGCAGGGAGAAUCUCGCAGAUGGAAAAAUGCAGAUUUGUUCAGUCGAACCUUCUUUUUCAUCUUUUUUAUGUGAUAAUGCCUCUGACUCUGUCUCAGAAUAUAAUGCCCCUUUUUACUGUUCCUCAACUUCUUCUUCCUCAACUUCUUCUUCCUCAACUUCUUCUUCCUCAACUACUUCUUCCUCAACUUCUUCUUCCUCAACUUCUUCUUGCUCAACUACUUCUUCCUCCACUUCUUCCUCCCCAUCUGAUUCCUCUUCAUACUCUGCUUUCUCAGAAGGAGCUUUCUCAACUUCCGUACCAGUUAAUUCCUUGUUCUUUCUGCACAGACAUAACAAGGGCACAGGGUUUUAAAGCCUCCUAAAUCAAAGCUUGGUAAUAAACUGGGUCAUAGGAGCCUGAUAAUAAAGUUACAGAUUAUAUAUGCCAAAAUCCAAAAUAUGUUUUUUAAUUUGGUGCAAAUAACUUCUUGUGUUUUCUGUUGUACGGAACAAUGGAAUGGUUUAGAAAUCUAUCUCCAUAUUAUGCAAUCUAUAGUGUGCGUAUGAAAUGUUACAGUUCUAGUGACUAGGGAUGCCCUGAAUCCAGCAUUUGCCUGAAUGUGACUUCACACAAGUCUCUCUUUACACCAGAUGCAAUUAGGGGUUGGCCGAAUCUUUUGUGGAGGAUUCUGUGCAUCCCUACCCGUCACACCUGUUGAAGUCCCACUUGUUAAAUGGUCAAGCCAGUCCUUGCAUGUACUGAAUUGUAUCCCAAUUACAUGGGAAUAUAUGAAAGAUGUGGGCUUAGCAAACCUACAGAAUUGAAUUCAAGCAUACAUACCCAUUAGAGCUUGCUAUUGGAGUUGUUUCUACUGGGUUUUCUACAUCACCAAGUGGCACUUUCUUCCGAAGUUUAAAAUAAAGAACCCUGAAAAGAUAAAGAAAAGUUA